UAAAAUGGCUCGUUAUCACUGAUCGGUUGCUGGCCCGCUUGUCUUCAUGUGUGUGUUAGUGUUUAAACAUCACAAGUUGUUUCGCGUGUUUACAGCUUAGAUGCUCAAUGGCCGCCUUUCCCUCCAAGAAGAAAGUAGAGGCGCUGUGUUCCAUUGAGCUCAGGAAUGUUAACAUGGUUUAAUCCCAGUCAAACAAACAGUGGUGAAAAAAAGAGAUUCCCUCCUCUGUUUAGACUUUCUUUUUUAGCAAAAACGUAAAAUAUAUGCAUUACGUUGGCGUUACAACUUAAGCACGGGGGAGGGGCUUUAGCUAGCCAUGUUAGCCUCCACUACGAACAGCAAGUGAUUGAUGUUGUUUAAUCGGUGGUUUUGUAACAAAAAGUACAGAAACGACAACCAUAUAUGCAUAACCGAUUUAACGACGUUUAAAAAUAACAUCCACGCGAUUGUUGAUACUUUUGGCCGCCAUCUUGAAUAUGACUUCGGGAUUCUUCGUCUUUUCGAGUCGUUGCUUUCCGAACCCCCACUGGUCUGAUGUGGUCUGCCGGCAUGAACGUCAUUUCGUUUGUAUAGAACACAGGGAGAAUGUGAAGAUGAUUAUGAAGACGCACAAGCGUAAACUCCAGACGGAGGUUUCCGAGGAGGUUUCAGACAGGAGCAGCCUGGCCUGGGAGAGGCAGAGGCAGUUUGUCUUCAGUGUUUCCAUGCACAAGUAUCAGCGGGACCAAGAGACACCAGAGCCCAGCCUCAGGAGGUCCGUCUUGAUCACCAACACGCUGCGGCAGAUGGAAGCGUGUCAGGUGUCGUCUGUAGGUUUGGAGGUGCCUUUACCGCCUGUUGUACAUGAGCCAAAGGAACAGCCAGGUGUCGCUGCGCACAACGACCUCCCAUCUUCUACAAAAUGCCAACGGGUGGCGCCCAAUGGUGGCAAAAGUGCGUUGUGUGUGGCAUCGCCCCCUCUGUCUGCGGACGACGAGGAUUGGAGUUCAUUGGCCGCCGAUCCAGAUUUUUCCAUUUCACCCACAAUAUCGACCAUCCUCACCGGCCUGGAAUCGACCCUCGACACUAGCACCCAGGCAUGUCCACGGGCGGCCCUCAGGUCCUUGGAGAACCUGCCGGCCUCCCCAGAUGCAGGAGUCUUCUGGCUGAAGCAGGUCAGAGGUCACGGGAGGUGCUGGGAGCAGCAGGAGGAGUUCAUGGAGUGGGAGGCCAGCAUGGAGGUGAGCAGCGCCAGCUACCUCAAGGACGUCAUGGUGGAGGACAUGUUCCAGGACAUAGACACGUCCCAACUGGAGAGGGACAUGGGAAUACUUGGCCUGAGGGCCAGUGGAGCUGCAUACCCCACCGCAGAGGAUCUUCAGUGUCUGACUCCCCUGUCCUCUACACAUUCCCAGCCUCUCCCUCUCAACUACAACAUGAAGGGCCUGCCGUCCUUCUCCUCCUUCUCGGCUCACGUGAGAGAAGGACUGGAGCUGGAGAAUCUGAUGACCACACUGGUGGAAUCCUGAAAUGUUACCAAGAUGAGCUUUUGUGCAGCACAAAGUCGUCCUGGAGGAAAAACAUGCAGGAAUAAAACUGCAUACAUGAUUUAAACGCUGCUAAGCAGCGACUCCAUGCACAGGCAAGCAACUCGUAUUCAAUUGUUACCGAUGCAAUGUCUGUUUAAACACUAAUGUUCUUCUGUGAAGAAAAGUUUAACCUUUCGUAUUUAUCAAGCAGUGUCGCUCAAUGUUGCUGAGAAGAAACCACAUCGAACUGUGAGACUAGUUAGUCCCCAAGUGUUUUAUCUUGUCCAUUUACUGUCGAGAGGCGGACUCACAUUGUUUUACUAAGUUCUCACGGAAUGGACGCACCGUUGUUGUCAAUAGGCAUCACUGAGUGAGCUUCUCACUUUUGUCAGCUGACACAAAGUGUUUGAAAUGUUUACAUUCAUGUUGUUCCACGGCCUUUGUUCUCCCUGGUUAAAGCCUCCACAUAUUUAUAACAUGUUUUGUUGUUGACGUUUAUCCAUUUAGUCACUAUGGCAGUUAUUCCUUAUUGUAAUGGAGGACAAAAAUGUUCACAUUGUAUUUACUCAUCUCUUUAAAGAGAUACUUUUUUCCACUUGUACUAAUAUUGAUUAUUAAAAUGUCAAAAUGACAAUUUGAAGUUUGUGCAUCAUUCAAGUGAAUGAAUUAAUCGUAUUCAGUGAGCAAACAUUUUUAUUUAUGACAUCACAUCUACAACAUUGAAAAGAACAAGUGGGUUAUAUUACAUUAGGUUACAAUCUCUUAUU